UUUUUAAUUAAAUACAUUAUUUCAAUCUUCAAUUAAGCACGCUGUGAUAUUUUUCAAUAAUGAUCCUAACGCCGGAAGAAUCUUCAAGAGUAAUAGCAUUUCAUUCUAAGAAUGUUUCUUUCGAAGACUUAGGCAUCACAAAUCUUGCUAAUACGGUUUUAUGUGAUCUUGUAGAUCGCAAAAUAAGUAUAAAUAACUUUUCUCAAUCAGAAUUUCACCCUUCUUCUAAACAUCCAAAGGCAGUUGAUUGGAUAUUUGUCUUAGAUACGUUGAAUUUUUCCUUUUGGAAUGAAAAAAAUUGCAACAAUUCAAAAUGGACUGUUAAUUGCCAGACUGGAUAUUUCGCAUUAUGUGCAGCCAUUAAAAGAGCUAUAGAAGAGGGGAAACCUAUAGUUGAUCCCAAUUAUUAUUCUCAAAUAACGAGAUCUGAAGCUGAGUAUAUUUUCCGUGGGGAUACAGAAACUAGUAUUCCGCUAUUAGACGAAAGAGUUAAGUGCUUAAGAAAUGCUGGAAAGGUUUUGUUAGAAAAGUAUGAAGGUACUUUCGUCAAUUGUAUCAAGAGGUGUUUUGGCUCAGCUGCAAAAUUGCUCAGACUCAUCGUGAAGGAAUUUGAAUCUUAUCAAGAUGAGGCAAACUACAGAGAUCAUAGAGUCUGCUUUUACAAGAGGGGUCAAAUAUUGGUGGCCGACAUUUGGGCCUGCUUCAAGGGGGAGGGCAUUGGCGAAUUUAAGGAUAUAGACUGCAUUACAAUGUUCGCUGAUUACCGUGUUCCCCAAGUUCUCGUACAUUUUGGUGCUCUUCGUUACAGUAAACCACUCCUGAGUAAGCUACAAUCUGAUAUAGAGUUAGAAAACGGUAGCCUCGAUGAAAUUGAAAUUCGUGGUUGCACGAUAUAUGUGGUUGAACAAGUCAAGAAUCAAGUGAGAACUCUAAUCGAGCAAAGGCCCCAUCUAGGGCUAAAGAAAACAGAUGUUAAUGCUAUAAUGAUUGAUCAUUUUCUAUGGGAUUAUCGACGAGAACACGCUGAUCAGUUAGAAAGUAUACCAUUCCAUAAAACUAGGUGCAUAUAUUAUUGAAUACUUUGUGUGUC